GAAGAAUAAAAGGAAGCACCCUCCAGCAGUUCCACACACUCGCUUCUGGAACGUCUGAGAUUAUCAAUAAGCUCCUAGUCCAGACGCCAUGGGUCAUUUCACAGAGGAGGACAAGGCUACUAUCACAAGCCUGUGGGGCAAGGUGAAUGUGGAAGACGUUGGAGGAGAAACCCUGGGAAGGCUCCUGGUUGUCUACCCGUGGACCCAGAGAUUCUUUGACAGCUUUGGCAACCUGUCCUCUGCCUCUGCCAUCAUGGGCAACCCCAAAGUCAAGGCACAUGGCAAGAAGGUGCUGACUUCCCUGGGAGGUGCCAUAAAGAACCUGGAUGAUCUCAAGGGCACCUUUGCCCAGCUGAGUGAGCUGCACUGUGACAAGCUGCAUGUGGAUCCUGAGAACUUCAGGCUCCUAGGAAAUGUGCUGGUGACCGUUUUGGCAAUCCAUUUCGGCAAAGAAUUCACCCCUGAGGUGCAGGCUUCCUGGCAGAAGAUGGUGGCUGGAGUGGCCAGUGCCCUGUCCUCCAGAUACCACUGAUCCCCCUGCCCAUGAUGCAGAGCUUUCAAGGAUAGGCUUUAUUCUGCAAGCAAUAAAAAUAAUAAAUCUAUUCUGCUAAGAGAUCA